AAAUGUUUCAACAGGUUUUCCCCGUUCUCUUGACAAGACGUCACGUGGACAGUAUGUGGCGGGAGUCUCGUGCAACCGGUCUGUAUAUUGCGCGCGAGAGUGUGUGAUCGUUUAAAAAACUAAACGGUUGAGAUGAGGCAGGUGGACACGGUCGCUGUUAUCUUUGUUUAGAAUAUACGUCUGUUUAUUUUACAAUUUAGCUGGCCGCCACAGUCAUUAAAGAUCUUUCAUCGGCCAGUUUUAUCUGACUCUGACAAACUGUCAGUCAUCAUGACAAGUGAACAGAAACGGCGCCUUGUUCAGAGCUGCCAGAUGCUGCCGGAUGUGGUGUCCACAGAACAGCAGUCUCUGGUGCUUGUGAAAAGACUUAUGGCUAUUGCCAUCUCAAGCAUCACUUACUUGAGGGGUCUUUUCCCAGAAAAGGCCUACGGGAACAAAUAUGUUGGAGAGCUGAAAGUCCUGAUACUGCGAGAGCAUAGCUGCCCUGGCGCUCAGCAGAUUGUGCAAUGGUUGCAGGGAUGUUUUGAUGCACUUCAAAGAAGAUAUCUACGCAUGGUUCUUCUGUCAAUUUACUGUGAUCCAGACAAUCCACAGAAAGUAACUGAAUGUUACCAAUUUAAAAUCAAGUACACAGAGAAGGGCCCACAGAUGGACUUUGAGAGCAAAAAUGGUCAAAGUAUGACUAAAUUAGCCUGUGAAAAUACACAGACGUCCAGUAUGCUGUUGGUGCGUAAGCUUUACAUGCUGAUGCAGAAUCUCGGCCCGCUACCUGACAAUGUCUGCCUCAACAUGAAGCUCUUCUACUAUGAUGAAGUGACCCCUCAGGAGUAUCAGCCACCUGGCUUUAAGGAGGAUGAUAGCGAGACGCUGUUAUUUGAGAGGGAACCAGUAAAUCUGACAAUGGGAGAGGUGGUCACACCGUUUCACAGUCUCAGAAUGAAUGUUACCACUGAGCGGAAUAGACUCGAGCCGGUGGAUGACGAGGUGGUAGUAUGUGGAAGUACAAAAUGGUCUUUGAAAUUGUUUGAGGAUGGAAUAAUGUCUGAGACCUCCGUUCAGCAGGAGUACAUAACAAAGGAGAAAGUCAUCACUGAUGCCGGCAUUGAAUACUCAGAAACUCAAGAAAGCCCUGAACAGGCUCACAGAAGGAACAAGGAGAAUCUUAUAACAGAUGCCAAGGAAACACUACAGAAUUCACCACACUCACAGAUGGACAAUCUGGUUAGAAAAACUGCUGAUCUUAAGGUGUGUGCAAGGAGGACCAGGAGUGGAUGCAUCUUUGAGCCUCAGAUCUCACAGUUUGAGUUCCCACUAAGCCAAGAUCCCCAGCCAUCUGUCCGGAAGAAGCGCAAAUUCAGUGUACCUAAAUGACACUAGUGACACAUUGACAAUACUAACAUUAAUCAAAUUGCAACAUACUGACACAUGCAACAUGAUGUGUAGCUUCAUUUUGUUUGGUUCUUUCAGUUGAGGAAAUGCAGUGCAAAGGUUAAUUUAAAUAGUUGUAAAACAAGUUAUGGUAAAGUGCACCCAAUAGCAUGGUGAGUGCAAAAAUUAUUUGAAAUAAUCAUUUAAAAAAUGUGUUAUUAUUGUUAGUAUUCUGUCAAAUAAAUUUAUAAAGAGUCAUAAUUGUGCUUCCAGUGCUGAAUGUAGUAGCAUUGGUGGACUUUAGUCAAAAUGGAAAGCUUCUAUUAGCCCACAAGAUGGCAGCAAACAAUUUGUAUGGAGGGAGAACAUGGCAACCUUAUACAGUACGA